AUGCUCUACCAAGCAGAGCUAGGAGAUGUAGACUUUAUUACAGGAGACUAUCUUGCCGAAGUCAACAUCGCGGAAAAUGCCCAGGCACAUGCAGCGGGCAAGCAUCCUGGAUGGGAGAAAACAGCUUGGGAUGGCAUCGAGCAGACGAUCGACCUGUUGAAUGAGAAGAGGAUCAAAGUCGUUAUCAAUGGUGGUGCGCACAAUCCGAAGGGGUUGGCAGAGAAGGUGCAUGAACUCGUCUUAAGCAAAGGAUAUGAUCUGAAGGUUGCGUAUGUGUCUGGUGACAACCUAAUGGACGAAAUGAAGGAUAUCAAAGAGAAAGGUUUACCGCCGCAUCUAGAUUCUGACAACAGCGAGGUAACGGUCGCGGAUCACACGCUCGACGUCCUGAAAAGCGACAAACCAAUCGUCAGUGCGAACGUCUACCUCGGCGCCCGCGAAAUCGUCAAAGGUCUCGAAGAAGGCGCAGACAUUAUCAUCGCGGGUCGCGUUGCGGACGCCAGCCCCGUAAUCGGUGCUGCAUGGUACUGGUACUCGUGGCGUGACACCGACUUCGACGCACUUGCAGGAGCCCUUAUUGCGGGUCAUCUCAUCGAAUGCAGUGGCUAUGUAACAGGCUCGAAUUUCGCGGGCUUCUACGAGUAUCCGCUGGAUGACCUGUACGACAUCACUUUCGGCAUCGCAGAGGUCGAAAAGGACGGAACAUGUGUGAUCACGAAGCACGAAGCUAGGAAGGGUUUUGUCACAGAAGACACUGUCAAAUGUCAGUUUCUAUAUGAGCUUCAGGGCAACGUGUACCUGAAUAGCGAUGUCAAGGCUAUCUUGGAUGAGGUUCAGGUCAAAGCUGGAGGCAAGAACAGAGUUCGUCUGUGGGGCGUCAAAGGCAAACCACCCCCACCCACCACGAAGCUCGCAAUCUUCUAUCAUGCAGGUUACCAAUCCGAGAUUGUCGUCAACGCAACCGGGUAUGCCACGGCUGAGAAAUUCGAUCUCUGGGAACGCAUGAUCAAGUUUGGCCUGAAGCAGAAAGGCAUACUGGACAGAUUCGACAUCUUGGAAUUCCAGCGCAUAGGCAUGCCGGAGACCGACCCGAAGAGCCAGCUCAGAAGUACAUCGUAUUGUCGAAUCUUCGCGGAGAGCGGCGAUCCAAACGUGAACCUGGGUCUAGCGAGUCUACUGGCAGACUUUGCGAUGCAGCACUACUCUGGCUUCCAUAGUACGAUGGACCAUCGUACGGCGAUACCGAAACCGUACUUGAGCUUCUAUCCAGCGAUUUGGCCGCAAAGCAAGCUAAAGACGGCGAUCAAUCUUCUCGAAGCUGGCGAGACAAGGACGUUGACGACCACGCCGCCAGCGCUGUCGGAAGAGAUUGGGAGGCGCGAAAGCUAUGAAACUGCGAGUCCCGUGGAUCUUCGUUCUUUUGGCCCAAUGACGCGUGCGCGGCUGGGAGACAUCGUGCUCGCCCGCUCAGGCGACAAAGGUGGAAAUGCAAACAUUGGCUUCUUUAUACCCACAAGCCUACCUUCCUCCUACCCACAGUCAUCACCCCUGUAUGCCGAAAGCUGGGACUGGCUCCGCAGCUUCCUCACCAUGCCCAAACUCAAGGAUAUGUUUGGGGAGAGCUGGAACGACAGCUUUUUCAUGGAAAGGGUGGAGUUCGAAGGUAUCAUGGCGGUACAUUUCGUGGUUUAUGGGGUGUUAGGCAGAGGCGUUAGCGGAAGUAGCAGGCUGGAUGCGUUCGCGAAAGGUAUGGGCGAUUGGUUGAGAGAUGUGGAAGUCGAGGUCCCCGUGAAGUUCAUAGAAGGAAGGGUCCGCGGCAAGGCUGUGGCUGGAAGGUAUGCGAGGGAUGCGUGA